AUGUCAGGGACCCCGAUCUCGGCUGAAAAGCAAAACUUUACUUCUAUCUAUUACACCACUGCUUUCGCUCAAAUGGAAUUGGAUAACACCCCUUGUCCCAGUUGCAUAAAUAAUGCGUCCCCCUCCGCGAUAUUUUACCAAAAUUCCUCGCAGCGAAGGUUUGACAACUCUCUGAUGUCUGUUGCUACCCUCUUUGCUGGUGUCUGUCGACCGCUGUCGAGCUCCCCGCAAGAGGCCGAGGGAGUCCUUCUAUCUAGAGGUUCCCUACAUCUGGAGCCUGAGUAUCCAUCUGAACUAACCUUCAGUAGACCGUCGGCUAGCAGUUGUCGGGGCAACGCUAAGUCGGACCCGCACCUUACUUUCCAACCUGUACCCUCUACAAAAACAAGAACACCAUCUCUACAAUCAUCACCUAGCCUCAGUCAACAUUCUGUCUCAAACACCGGUACUCGUUCCAGCCGAAGCACGCCUUCGAGCCGGGAUUCCUAUUCUCCGCCCCACUACAGAAGACAUCCCCUCAUUCAGGUUUCCUCCUUACUCGCGGACUCUAACACUCGGUCAUAUCACCUUGAGGUGGUCCAACACCCCCAAAAAACUGCAGACUUCGGUUCAGCGAGUCUUUCUCGCCUUCCGUUGACUCCGCCCAUCGUUGUUCAAUUAAUUGUCACGGACCCUUCCGGGAAUUCCAUCAUCCCGGAAGUAGAACUACCUUUCCUGAUCGCGCAUCUAUCCCUUCUGAGCGCAGACGGGCAGAGGCAGUUGGAUAUGGGUUCCGCGCCAGGUGGAGAUCUGUCUCCACCUAUUCUGUACGGCAAUCUGGUGUCAUCCGUGCAUCAACUAGAAGACCUUCAAGGUAACAUGGGAAUGUAUUUCUUAUUCCCCGAUGUCAGCAUACGUUAUCGCGGCCAAUUUCGCCUGCGCGUCAAUCUGAUGAGACUUAUGGAUCAAACUGGUCGGAUGAAUAUAACUCCCGAAGGAAGCGUUCUUGCGGAUGCAAUCACUGGGCCUUUCGACGUCGUCGCCUACAAUGAAUAUAGCGCUGUCCCCCCCACGCGUCUCACUCAAUGGCUACUUCGCCAAGGGGCACGAUUGUCGACCCACAUGUCUAAUCCUAAUCCUUAG